CUGUAUUCGUAAAGCUCUGUGUCCUCGUCCUCGCAGAAGAAUAAUUCCAUAAAAGAAGGGCCACAACCGAAGCCCGAUGCGCAACAGCCGGAGUCGCUGAGCGAGCGACACCAUUUAGAUCAGCCCACGAUCAGCCCUAUCACCGCCAGAAUAAUCAUCAAUGCCUUCCUAUGCCGUCCUGGGAGCUACAGGCAAUACUGGCCGGGCGAUCGUCCAAGUACUGCUUGAUCGACCCGACGCCAGAAUCCACGCCUACUGCCGGUCCAAAGAGAAGCUCUACCGACACUGUCCCGGCGCAGAAACCUCGAAAGCGCUUUCGGUUUUCCAAGGGAGUCUUGAUGACAAUGGCCUUAUCGAUGAAUGUCUCCGGGGGACCGAUGCCGUGUUUCUGGUAGUCGCCAUCGUCGAUAACAUGCCCGGUUGUUCUAUCGCCAUGCAGACAGCCCGGACUGUUGUCGCGUCUCUACAGCGACUGCAAUCAUCGUCACCAGAGACCCGUCCCCCCCGCCUCAUCAUGAUCUCCUCGGCAUCUCUGGAACCCUCGUUUUGCGAUGAUGUCCCUGCCCCUGUCCACUGGGUUCUCAAAACCGCUGUCUCGCAUCUGUAUCGGGACUUGGCUGCUGCGGAGGAGUUCCUUCGCGCCCAGUCAGACUGGCUCUCGGCAACCUUUGUGAAACCUGGGGGUCUAGUGCAUGAUGAGGCCCGUGGGCACGAGGUCCGACUGGACAGGGCUCAGACGCCCCUCUCCUUCCUGGACUUGGCGGCGGGGAUGGUUGAGGUCGCGGAUGCCGAUGAUGAACGGUACCAUAUGCGCAGCGUUAGUGUUGUUCCGACGUCCAGCAAUGUCAGGUUUCCGUGGGAUGGGCUUUACUAUGCCUUUACGGGGUUGUUAUUCCAUUUUCUGCCGUGGACGUACAGGUAUAUAGGAGAGUAUCCGUUGCCGAAGGAGAGGAGUAUAUAGUUUAAUGUGAUGCAUGCCUCUGCUGGCGGGAUGUUUCAAUCGGCCGUGCAAUUUCUUUUAUUCUACUUGGGUAAACUCGUCCCGAUACGCUCGCCGGUCUGUCUGGCUGGUAUUUAUUUAUAGUUCAGCUGAUUCGCCCACGCUUUUUCAAGAAUAGUUCCUUAUAUUCACCAUGGAGGCUAUAUUCAAACAAAUCAAAGAUGAAUACGCCAUUGCCGACCAGAACGGCAGGCGUCAAAUUCAAGGCCAUAUUCGUGAGUUGCAGGUUGGCUUCUACUCGGACUGGGAUGUUGUGAUGCGCUUGAGCAGUGGU